AUGUUAUCAAAAAGGAAGGUUUCUUAAUAAAAUCAGGAGGAGUCAUCAAAUUCAAUCGAAAAUUUAUGCAACAAAAUACGUAAAGUGAUAGUUAGUGAAGUAGGGGAAAAAUACAUUUAAAAUACUUCAGAUAAGGGUCUAAAGAAAAAAAGAACCAAAUAAAAAAGUAAAAUUUAAGAUAAUCAAUAACAUGUUGAGUAAAUGGAAAAUGAAGCAGUCGAAGUUGAGGAAUAGUUAUCUUCAAUAAAAGCAAUUUCUGAAUCCCAAUCUUGGGUAUUCGAAGAACUAUUUGAUGAAAUAAAUAAGCUUAAUGUACUUUAAGAUAUUGAAUGA